UCUGCGUUUCAAUCCUUUGGCCCCAGUUACCCAAAAUCUAUCAUCAUCCCAGUCGGUGGGUUUCUCUACUGAAUUCUGAGUUCGACCCUUUGAAAUUCAGACGAUUCUUGACCCAAACCUUUUACCAAAAUCCGAUCUUCAUCCCUUCUUCGCUUCCAAUUUCGAAUCUUGUUGCGCUUACGUUAGCUGGGUCGCUCGUGGAUCAGCAGUUCUUUGUUUUUUUAAAGAUGUACCCGCCGAUCCCUGUACCGGCCUCUUCUUCUCCGGCGAUGGAUGCGGUGGACGUGUCGCCGCUCCUCGGCCGGAACCGCCGUAUUCUUCCCCGUCCUUCUCAGCCUCUGCGUGGGGCCGCGGCGAGGCUGCUCCGGCGAGCAAGCAGCCGACGGAUGAUGCUACGCGAGCCCUCCGUCCGAGUGCGCGAGAACGCCGCCGAGCAGAUUGAGGAGCGACAGAGCGAGUGGGCUUACUCGAGGCCGAUCAUAGUCCUCGAUGUGCUUUGGAAUUUAGCCUUCGUGAUCGUAUCCAUCGCGGUUCUAGGGUUUAGUUUAGAGGAAAAGCCGGAUGUUCCCCUGAGGUUGUGGAUAAUUGGGUACAAUUUCCAGUGCUUGUUUCAUGUUGGAUGUGUGAUUGCUGAGUAUAGGCGACGCAGGGAGGGUAACCAUCCUGCUGAGGAUUCGGCUUCGAAUUCUGGGUCUUUCAGCGGAAACGACGAAGAAGAUUCUGAUGGUUAUGGAACAGAGGAAGCUGGGAAUCAGCAUGAAACAAGCUUCUGUCGCAGUUUCGCCAAGCAUCUGGAAUCUGCAAAUACAAUGUUCUCGUUCGUUUGGUGGAUCAUCGGGUUCUACUGGGUCACUGCUGAUACCGAAACCCUCUCGCAAAGUUCACCUCUACUCUACUGGCUCUGUGUCGCAUUUCUGGCAUUUGACGUUAUCUUCGUCGUCAUCUGCGUCGCUGUUGCUUGCCUGAUCGGUAUUGCUGUCUGCUGCUGCUUGCCAUGCAUCAUCGCCAUCUUGUACGCGUUGGCUGAUCGGGAAGGAGCUACAGAUGAAGAGAUAGAGAGGAUACCGAAGUUCAAGUUCCUUGUCGUGAGAAACUCCGAGAAAGUGAACGGUGAAAUCCGAGAGACUCAAGGGGGGAUAAUGACGGAACUCGGCGUCGAUUCUCCAACCGAGCGCGUCCUACCGAGCGACGAUGCUGAAUGCUGCAUCUGUCUAUGUCCGUACGAGGAUGGAGCGGAGCUGAGAGAGCUAUCUUGCAGGCACCAUUUCCACAGCCACUGCAUAGACAAAUGGCUGCGUAUCAACGCCACUUGCCCUCUCUGCAAAUUCAACGUUAUUAAAACUGGCGACCAUAGUGAAGAAGUAUGAAGGAUGGUGCAUCAUUCUCUCUAACGACCUGGCCGUACGACUUCAUAUAUAUAUAUACACACACACGAUGGCCCUUGAUAGCUGCUUGAGAUUAGUUUGAGCCUUUCAUCUUUUGAUUUUUCGAUAUUUUUUUUUUUUUUUUGUAAAUGGCAUUACAUACGCAUACGGUUCGGUGUUAAGCCACCAUCGGCAUCAGGCCCUUUUUUUUGGUGUGUUCUAUCGGUUGGGUUUAUAUCAUCACA